CUGAGGGGAACAGGCCUGCUGCACUUCCUUGGCAAGGCUAACUGGUGGUGAUUUCACAGUUUCAAGAAUCGGAAUCGUGUGACAUUGAGUUCAGUGAUUUCAACGAAUGCAAGAACUCUACUGGCUUGUUCAAGUACGAAGUUAAAAGCUCCAGGAUUUCCAUUCGAGGUCUUUCUAUCUCCUACUGUGCUAAAGCCCUCUUUAACAGUGGUAUAGUCCCUGUGCUUGGAGGUCCCCUGCCACCAGAUCCUAAAAAUGCCAACAUUUCCUUAACCCUGUCUUCUAAGUUUCUCAAAGAAAUUGUUGCUCAAAGUGCCAAGCAGAGCUCUGUCAAGAUGAAUAACCUGGCUGCAAGCAUCUCCAAAAUAGUCUACUCCUUCCAGUCAGGCAACCAAAUCCAAGCCACCUACUGGGUCACUGUGGAAAAGGAUGGUGAGAGUUUUGCUACUGGGAAAACGACCUUGAUCCUCUCCCAUGACUGCAAGAUUUUGAAAGACAAACUGAUACCAGACAUCAAGGUUAAGAGCUCUGAACACUCGGUGACACCCCCUGAGGAUGAGGAUGAGGUACAAGAUGUAAUGCCCGUGGUUCUGAAGAAAUUUUUAUCUGCCGUUAACGAAAUGACAAGUAUGUGGAAUGUGCCACCAGGAAUAACCUCAAAUCCUCUAACCAAAGCCAAGGUUGAAGUACUUAAAUCGAACGAUCUUCAGGCAGCAAACUAAACCCAGCAUACCUGAUGCCAGAGAAUUUUCCAGAAUGAAAGCAUUCUAAAACUUCUCUAAGAAAUAUUGAGCCAAGGACAUCCUUAUCAUUAAAGAGCCAAGUAGAAUAGUGUUCUGAACAUGCCAACUAUUUUUCGGAAUCUCACCAACAUUAUCUUGAAUUAACAAGUGCAACAAAAGCAAGAAUCCAGCAAUUUUUGGCAUUCUGUAAUCACUUCUUUAAUA